CGGCAGUUAGCGGAGUUUUUUUUUUUUUUUUUUUUUAAAAGCCGUGCCCAUCGCUGCUGAAUAAUGUUUCGAGUCAACGGUCACACUUUUAUGUCAAAUCUUAAUGCUGAAGACCAGUUUUUUUCAAGGUGUUUAUGUACAAGGAAAGAUCAGGUGGCUUGACAUCUUCUGUUUACCUUGAAGAUACUUGACCUUUGCGAACUCGUUGAGGCUUCCUGGUGACCUGGUCUCGAGCUACCUUGAAGACCUGGGGUUCUCUGCUCCUUGAUGAUCUUUGACUCUGGAAAUGAAGUCCCCACGGGUCUUGAAGAGGAAAGAAUUCAAAGAUAUCUUUUGACUUUAGAUGACCAGAGACUCCGUGGCUUCCUUGUAUAUUUUGCUUCUAGGCUUCUUUUAAUCUCGCUCUCCUGGUUGCUAAACUGGUGUGUCCCUCUUGGUUAUCGUGUGGUGACUGCCUACAUCAUUGGUGAAUCGAGUUGGUUUGCCCUGGAUGACCUAGCCUCUGGGUUCUUGUAUGAAGCUAAGAAUACUUUCUUAAGGGACGCCAUUGUUUGGAUUCACAGCGGCAUGAGUUACGCUCUCCUGGGACACCCAGAUCAUAGGCAGUUUGAGGAUUUGGACGCUGUACCGCUCGACAAGUUAAUCUCUUGGUUACAUGAGCUGAUAUUUAUUAUACAGAGAGAGAGAGAUGUUGAAUUCCUCACUGAGCUGAGAGCUGGCGGUGUGAUCUUUGACUAGUUCCUUAAGAAAACGAGCUUGGGUAUCUAAGUGACUUCUAACCUUGGGGCUCUUAAUUAAUGGUGUUGGGAUCUGAGAAAGAAUUUUUUUUUUACCUAGUUGCUAUUAAGAACUGCUUGGGAAUACCAGAGAAGAUUCUUGAGCUAGUGGUUCUUAAAUAGUCAUUGCCUAAGUAACGCUGACAUGACUGUAGAGUACACGAAGACGAUGGUCAACACCUGCUGCUGCAUAUACGUCAAGCUACUAUUCAGUUCUAUUUCGUGUUGCAAGGUGGCGGGGAAGUAUGUACAAGCUGCUGUGGCGGGACCUGCUGGCGUACACAGCGUUGUACUCGACGCUCUCCUGUGUUUACCGCUUCUAUCUCCAGGAACCUUACAAAAGGAUGUUCGAGGAACUGGUGAUGUACAGUAGCAAGUACAAGAGCCUGGUGCCCGUGUCCUUCAUGCUGGGGAUGUACGUGAUGCUGGUGAUGAUUCGCUGGUGGAGCAUCUGUUUGGCACUCCCAGACAACACGAAUAUUGCCAUGCUAUUGGCCACACACAUCCCUGGCACCGACUCCCGGGCGUUCGAGAUACGUUCCAGGAUCGUGCGCUACAUCAGCCUCACUUGUGCCAUGGUGUUCGCGCAGAUCUCGGGCACCGUCCAUAGCAAGUAUCCUGAUUCACAGCAUCUUGUACAAGAAUACCUGGCGACGGAGCUAGAGGGUCAGGUGUUGACGGAGGCGGCGAAACAAGGGUGUGCUGGCAGCAAGUGGCUGCCGUUGACCUGGUGCUGCCAGCUGGUGCAGUGUGCUAGGGAGGAGGGUUUCCUGCAGACGGACUCUGGCAAGGUGCUGCUAGUGACGGAGCUGCUUCGUCUGCGUCGUCAGUGUAGCCGCCUACAGCAGUGGCACGAGCACAAUGUACCGCUGCUCUACACACAGGUGGUGACUAUCGCAGCGUACACGUACUUCGUAAUAUCACUGCUGAGCGAGCAGUACCUGGACGAGAGCCUCAAAUAUCCCAGCUAUGAGGUGGACCUGGUGGUGCCUGCCUUCGCCCUUCUUGAGCUCGUUUUCUACAUGGGCUGGCUCAAGGUAGCAGAGAUCCUUCUUAAUCCCUUCGGCACCAACGACCAUUCGUUCGACCUCCUUAGGAUCCUGGAAGACACGCGUUACUCAGCAUUCGUGAUCUGUCACACGCGCUACGGCCAGUAUUCCGCCGAGGCGCAGUGGAAGAGCAGAGAGGGCCGCCUGCACAUCAUUGACCUGGGUGUCCUCCCUGGCAUGCUCGGAGAAGUACUCACUCCAGACACUGUGCUCGGAGCCUCGACUUAGACCUACACCGGGAUCACAGGUCUCCUAUCCAUUCUCAUCCUUUCGUUCCUUUCUCGUUUUUCUUUAAUUUCAUACAUACGUAUUAUUUUAUGCCCUCUUCAUUCUUCCCUCUCGAUCUUAAUCCUAAUUCUUUUCUCUCCGUUCUUCUUUCGUCUCCUUUCUCAGGAUGAGUUACACCAUUAUCAAGUCUUGGAAACAUGGUUCCUUGCUUCUUAUCUCUUGUAAAACAGUUUUCACGGCUAAUUAAUAAAAAUGUUAAUUGCA